AUGGGAAUAGAUAUCUUCAUUGCAUUAUUUCCUAUUUAUUUUAUUAAUUAUUUAUUUUGUAGUGAAAUAAAACCCUAUGAUUUUAAUAAAAAGGAGUUACUGAAAAUUUUUAAAGAAUCUAAUAGAAUAGAAUCGAAUUCAGAAAAAGAUAUCUUAGAUGCUGAUAAAACAUUUAAUAACCUAAAAUUACUGUCUAUUUGCAACAUUAAUAAAAAAAGUUUCAUUAAUUCCAUUUCAAAUUUUCUUUGUAAAAACACUUUUUAUACUUAUUAUGUAAAAAUAAAAAAUAUAGAUAGUCGAUAUGGGGAUAAUGUCCAUUCGAAAACAUCUAAAUACAUAAGAGAAUUAAAUUUUAUCUGUAAAUAUUACAUUUAUGAUAAUUCUUAUGAAAUUAUUAAAUGUUAUGAUACUAUAAAUAGAUUAGAUCCAUAUUAUUUAGGUUUUGAGAUAGAAAAAAGAUAUGAAAAUAAACAAAAGGAAAAUGGAUAUAAUGAUUUUAUGGUAUCAAAUAAUUUAUUGAAGAAAAGUGAGAUGCUCUUUGAAAAAAAAAACGACCCAUUUUAUUAUGGAAAUGAUAAUAAUAGUAACAAACCUCUAGACAAUUAUAGUGAAUUGAACCAAAGUAAUAAUGUAGAAAAUGUCAAUGUAAAUUAUUUAUGCAAAUUAAAAAUGAAUAUUAAUUCUUAUAUAACAGAUGGGGAAAGUGUAAUUUUAAAAAUUUUAAUUGGAUUAUGUAUCAAAUUAGGUUAUAAAAAUCAGUUUUUUAUAUCAGAAAAUACAUUUGCUCUAGUUAAAUACUUUGAAAAAACCAGUGUGAAUCAUAUCUUCAACCUUGGUUUUGAUAUUUAUAGUAGUAAAUUUUAUCAUUCUAAAGACAUUUAUGUUAUGAAAAGUAUGAAUUCAUUUAUAAAUAGUGACAGAAAAUUAAUAAGAAAGAAUAUUCCCAAUAUUUAUUUUAAAUUUUUUUCUAAUAAAUCUUAUCUACUAUGGAGAGGAAUUGAGAAAAAGAGAGAAAUUUUUAAUUAUAAAUUAUUAGAACUCAAAAAUUUAUUGGAACAAGUGAACUUUAAAGAAAGAAUAACUCUAUGCUAUAAAAAUUAUUUACAUGUUUAUUAUGAAGAAGAUGAAAAAUAUAUAAAAAAAAAAUUGGGUAGUAAAAUAAAAUAUAGUAAUUUUAGAUCAUUAAACAAUAGCAAAUUAAGUGAUUUUUUUUUAUUAUCUUUUGAAUAUUUUUGUGAUAACAAUGUUCUUUCAUUUGAACAAUGCAUAAGUAAUAUUAUGUCAUCGAAAAUUUUGGAUGAAAAAGCAAAGAGUAUUAUGCAUCAAUUUUCAUAUGAAAAUUUUUUAUGUUUUGAUAGUUGCUCCUAUGAAGAUCAUAUGAAUAUUUUUAAUAAUGAUAUGAUAAUCAAAAAAUUACAACAUUAUAUAAAUAGGAGUAACUCUUUAACUUUCAAAAAAAAAAACUAUUCCAAAAAAAUAAAAGAAAAAAUAAGAAAAAGUGAAAAUAGUGAUCUAUUAUUUCCUCAAGAUGACAAUAUACAAAAAGACUUUUUUGAAAAUACUAUGUUUUCUCUUGAAUUCGAUUCUGUAACUUCUUUAAUUAUAGAUGAAUUAGAUAAAUUAAAUUUAAAGGAAAAUUUAGAAAGUAAAAUUUGCAACAUUUUAAGGUAUAUAAAAUAUCAUGAAAAACUAUAUAAAAGGGAGAAUCGUAGAUAUAAUAACAGAACAUUAGAAGAAUCUAUUUUAUUAAAUAAUAUAUUUUUAGAGCAUUCAAAAAAUGCGGAUUUUGAUGAGUUUAUAGAUAAUGCAUAUGAUAAUAUAAAAUUGGAUAAUUUUAAUUUUUCAAUGAAGGAUAUUCAGGAUAAAAUUAUAGAUUUUGACUUACUAAAAUAUGACAACGAUAAUAAGGAAGAUAAUAAUUAUGAAAACCUUGAAGAAGAGAAAAAUUAUUAUGAACAAAAUGAUUAUACACACGAUGAAUUAGAAGAAUAUAAUAAUUUUAAAAAUUAUUCCUUUCCUGAAAAACAUCCUGAAGAAUUAAGUUUAAUGAUCCAUGAUAUGUUUGGUAUAAAAGAUAUAAAGGAAAAUUUAAUUAAAAAUAAAAUAACCAUGCAGCAUUUAUCCAUAAUUGGCCCAGAUAAAAAAGAAAUAUUUACAUUGCAAAAUCAAUAUGAAUGUGACAUAUUACAGAAAAUUUAUAAGGAAUAUGAAAUGAGUAAAAAUAAUGAUUAUAAAAAUAAUAAUAAAGACAGAAAGAAGGAAUUUUUAAAAUAUUUUUCAUUUAAUAGUUAUUAUAAUUUCACUAUUAUAAAUGUCCCUACUAAAUUUUAUGAUAUUUUAAAAAAUCAAACUGUUAAGAACAAUGAUGAAAAAAGAAACUCAAAUUUUUCUGAAUUACAAAAAAAAAAUUUGAAAUUUUUAUGUACUUCAGAUAAUAUUUGGCCAUAUUCUAAAACACUAAUUAAAUUCUUUCAAAAUGGUAGUAUUUAUUGUGAAGCACAAUUAGAAAAUGAACUAUUGAUUAAUAUAAAAAAUGAAGAACAAACUUUUCAAUAUUUAUUAAAUCAAAUAAAAGAAAAUAAUGAUAUGCUAAAAGAUAAAGAGAAAAAUAAAUAUAAUGAUAAAAACGGAAAUAUAUCAAAAGUAUACGAAAACAAUAUAAACACUGAUACUUAUAUUUAUCCUGAAAAUAUUUUAUAUAAUAUUAGAAAGAGUUACUUAGGUGAAAAUCCAUCUACCAAAAGUAAAAUUAUAGGCUUCCAAUUUCUUAAUAAAACCUGCACAAUAAAAUACAUUGGAGAUGAUAAAUAUUACAUAAAUUAUCCUAUUUUAAGCAAAGUUCUAUUAGAGGCUGUAUUUGGUCUUUGUAUUUUGCAUGGAUUUACAACACUAAAAAUAGAGGCAGAAACAUUAAAUUUUGAAACUGGAAUAAAAACAAAGUUUUACGAAAUAUUAUUAAAUGGAAUUACGGAGUAUGAGCAUUUAGGUUUAAAAUUAAUGAAUGUGGCAACUUUUUCAAAAGAAUUAUAUUAUAUAAUAACUGGAUAUACAUUAAAAAAUAAUCUACUAUUAUCAGCAGUUGCAAAAUUUGAUGAAAAUUUGUAUGUUCAUCAUAACAUUGAAAGUAAUUUUUUUAAUUAUAUGAAAAAAAAAUCUAUGAAUAUGUUACACAAUUUACGUUUUAAUUGUAACGAGGAUUAUUAUCCUUAUAAAAAUUGUUAUGAUAUCUAUCCAUUAGUAAAAAAAAAUAAGGAAAAUUAUUGCUAUUUUGAAACGAAUGACAUAUUUAAGGAGUUAAAUGAACUUUUUCCUGAUGUGUGUAAAAUGGGUGGAAGUGUAGGAAAAUGUUACGAACAAAUUAAAAAAAAUAUUACAUGUUCAAAUAAUAGUGAAGGAUGUAAAUAUUAUAAUUUUAUUACUUAUACUUUUAUAAAACCAAGAAGGAAAACAUCUUAUUUUAUUAAUCAUAAUAUGAGUGUUCAUGAAUAUUUAUCAAAAAAGUCAUAUAAAUAUUACCUAAUAUUAUGCCAAUUAAUUAAAAAUGAAAAAAAUCAUUUGAAGGAAUAUGGAAAUAAUGAAUACAUAACUGAUUCACAGACAUAUUUUUUAUUAAAUUAUAUUUUGCAAAAUUCCACUUUUUUUAUUUUCUGGAAUUUUUCCACUGAAUUUUGGAGAAGAUUUCAAUAUAUUCAUAAAAAAAAAAAUGAGGAUGAUAUUUUUCAUUCAAAGAACCAUACAACGUUUUGCCCUAUGGCAUACUCUUACGAAUUUAUAUAUCAUCUUAAUACUUUUUACAUAAAGGAAUAA